GACUUGCGUGGGUCCGGAGUCAUGCUCCUGGACGCCGGAUUCCCUGGAGAAGCGGUAGAGGCGACCCGGGAGACCCGAGGAUAGGAUCCGACCCGAACCUGCGCAACCUCUUGGAGGGGAACUUCCGACGAACCACGAAGGUGGAAGUUACCGAAGGGGAGCGUAGCCAUGAACCUUGCGCUGCAUGGACUUUUGCUGCAGGUUACCAUCUGGCUCCUCGAUCUGCACUAUGGCUUCUUGGUGUGCAGCGCCGGGGACCCUGGCUAUCUGGACUUCGACAACCUGCCGGAGACGAACUUUUCCUGCCAAGGAAAAGUGAUCGGUGGCUACUAUGCAGAUGUGGAGACUGGCUGUCAGAUGUUUCACGUCUGCACCAUCGGGCAGAAAGACGUGAUUUCAGACGAGAUAAUGGACAUUAAGUUCCUGUGCUUGAAUGGGACCGUCUUCGACCAAGAGACAAGAGUUUGCGAGCGAGUGGACGAGGUCGACUGUAGCAAGAGCGAGAGAUUCUACAACCUGAAUCUGGAGCUCUACGGUAACAAUGCCGUAACACUCAGCUUGCACGACGGUAACGAUGCCCAUGACGUGGAUAGCCAGGACCAGGAUCAUGUCAAGGGAGAGGAUGACGAUGACACAAUUGAUUCCGUGAUAAGCCACAGGACGACAUCGGCUCGACCAAGCACAACGGCGUCAUCGGUGACGGUGACGGCGACGUCGGCGGCGACGACGACGACGUCAAGACCGACGACGACAGCCAGGCCGAGCCAGCCCUCCACGUCGCGUACGAUUAGCAUCUACCAGAGACCAUCAGGAUACCCUCAGCAUUUCCAGCCCCAGCCAUCGUUUCCAUCUGUCCAGACGAGUCAAUCGAAGUCUCUAUAUGACGACAAGAACGGCGGUUUUCACCAUCGCUACAUCUUCCACAACGGGGACGGUCCAGAUAACCAGGCGACGUCCUAUCAACUGUUCGGAAAUCGUGGGGUGGACUCCACAACCGGGUCUCCUCAGCUUCAUCAUCGGCUCCAAUUUGGAGGGAAUCCGGUGACCGAGGUGGUAGGAAACGACUCGCCCUCCUGGGUGGCACCGCUCUUCAGGUCGUCCACCGAUCAGACUCUUCUAGAUGGAGACGAUGGGGUCCCUGCUGCCAUCAACCCCCUGUUCCAGGAUCGCGGGGUCGCCAGCACGACGGAGAGGUACUCUGUACGCAGUAGCAACCCUAGGGACACGUCGAUGUACCGUGAAGAUGUCGAAGAGGAAGACGAAGACGGGAAUGGAGACGACGCAGGUGGAGAACAGGACGGUGGGGAUAUCGACGAUGGUGAUGACGGGGACCAGGAUGAAGAGCUUGGGAGCCCUGGGGAAAGGAAACCUUUAGAAGUCAUUCAUUCCACUAAUCGGGGCAAGGUGUCAAAGUUGUCGAUUUCUCCGGUUCCGUCGUCAUCUCCACCGCCCACCAGGCAGGGUAUUCCUCAGCAGGACUCUUCGGCAUUUUUGGCGAGUCACUCGACGGCUCCUCCGAGUGUCACUGCUUUCUAUCCCACUCCGAGGUCGACCAGCAGCAGAAGUGGACCUCACAAGGUGACGCAGCACGUGCACCUGACAGCUACCCCUGCGAACGUGCAGCUUCAGCCUCGCAGGGUGAACCUGGAUGGUACUGGGUCGUUGGACAUCCAGAGGAUUGUGCAUCCUCCUCUGCUGCCGUCCCAGUCCAGGGUCAUCAUCACCGCCAAGGCUAGUGUCAGUGAUGAGAAUGGCAGACCUUUGAACUCCACCCAGCUCGUCAUGCUACCUCUGCCCACUAUCCCGGCUACCUAUGACGAUUACAGGGAAGGUGACGAGUCGUUUGAUCCGUUUUAUAGAGACGUUCCGAAAAUCAGGGACCAAAGGCAAAGAGAUCGGCUUGCGGUCAGAGAGGUGGAGGCGGAGGAGAAGGAGAUGAAGAAGGUCGUCAGGGCUAAAAGAGAGGGUCCUAGUGAUGAUGGGGAGUUUGUUCGCCACGGUGAAGAUGGGGAUCAAUUUCAAGCUGUGUCCCUGGGUCAAUUUAUGGCUGAUGGAUUCAGGACUUCUAGAGAUCGACGAGGUCGAUUCGUAGUUCGAGAAGUGGACACCUUGAAGGAGACGAAGGAGGUCCUUAGGGCUAAAAGAGACAUUCCUAGUUCUGAUAAGGAGUUUGUUCAGCAAGAUGAAAGAGGAUAUCAGCAUGAAGCUGUUUCUUUGGGUCAACUUAUCACUGAUGGUUUGAGGACUUCCAGGGAUGCGGACUCCGACGACGUGGACAGGAAAUCCAGUGUAAUGCCUUCGGGGGAGAUCGAGAGCCUGGAGACGCAUUUCAUGAGGACCUUCGGAUUCGCUCCUGAAACUGAUAAAGUGGACCAGGAAUUUCGGGAACUCAAGAAUACGUCCAUUGCUGGGGUGGAGUCGAAAGUGAGAAAGAAUGAAACUGUAGUGAUGAGGGAUGGGAAUGUUAGAGUCUUCAACGUCAGCGAAGGAAAUGGAUUUAAGGAGCAGACCGAGUCGGGCAUUCACGUGGAGAACUUGAAGAAAAACGAGACGGAUUUUAGUCUGUACUCUUCCGUUGAUGGCGUUGUCAAGGAGAACCGGAUGCUGUAUAAAUCAUUUGAGCACAAGACGAGUUCUGAGACUGUCGAAGAUUUGGAAGUCCAACCUGCGUCCAGUUUAGGGGAGGAGGAGUUCGAGGACGAGGAUUCGUCUUCCGAAGUUUCUUCGAGGAAGAUCAUGAAGAUGCGAGCUGAAGACAUCGGGGAACAUGAUGAUGAAUUUGGCCAAAUCGACGUGGAACACUCUGAAGAGAUAGACGAAGAAGAUAUUCUUCCUAAUGCCAAGGGACGAAAAAUGUCUUUAGGAAGUGGACGUAUUAUAGACCCUGAAAUCGACAACGAAAAGAACCCAGGUCGUUCGAAAUCCUCGAGGAAGUCUCGACCUCGACCUUCGAAAUCGAAGAAUCGAUCGCCAUCCAAAAACUCCAAAGAUGAAGAGUCAGAAGAAACUUCAACGGAGGUUCUUCAAGUACCGACGAUGAAGAACCGAGAAGAUAAUAUUCAGGUAGAAGAUGAUAAGAUACUCAGCUCUAAAAAGGAGGUGCAGAAGAAAGAGGAUUCUAAACAUGCGAAAAACCCUUCCAAAAAUUCGUCGAAAAUUCUGAAGGACCCUGUAGAGACCGCGAAAGAGGAGGAACAUGAAGAGGACACGAAGUUGUCGAAGCAGCAUCCAAAUGAUCUCGAUCGCCUUCAAAAUUCUGAAGACCAAAGUGCGGUCGAGGAAGUGCAGGCUUCGAAAGAGCUCCACGAAGAUCUUGAAGAAAAUGAUGAGGGGAUAAAAAAUAAAGGAGAAAGCGAUGAAUAUCAGAACGAUGGAGUAAGUCAGGAAGAGUACGAGUACGAGGAUGUGAAUUCAAGUACUCAGAUUGGAGAGAAGGAUUAUUCCGAGGGAAAUCCAACAGAGGUGUCUGAUAAGUCUGCAUUAAGAGACGAAGAUGCCGAAGGGGAGGUCGAUGCGGAGGAAGACGCAGGAGGAGAGGAAUACGAAGAGGAGGAAGAAAAAUCCAACUUAUCCACGGAGUAUCCGGAUUCUGGAAGCAGGUCUUCCGAAAAGUCUGAUCCAGCCAGGUCUGACUACAAGGACGAGUCCAGAUUGAACUCGGAAGACUAUACAUCAGACGAAGUUGCAGACUCCCGUGAAGAGUUCGACGAACUUGAAGAGUCGACGCAAACGGAGCCAAAUUCCGAAGACGAGACCCCAAAGACUGAUGGCGUUUUGAAAUUCACAGAUGAACUUCCAAGGUCGGAAACAGAACAACCUGCCGAAGAAGUGGAAAUGACGACGACGAAGGACGACUUGCGGGAUUACGUGGAUGACAAUUACGAGGCGGCGAAUUAUAAGGACCAGGAGGCCAAGAAAGUAGCUUCAAAAGUUCCAGAAGAAGAGGCAGAAGGUCCCUCGAAGAAGAAGAAGAAGAAGAAGCAGGAGGGAGCCGAGGAAAUCGCCAACCCUGAAGAACCGAAUCUGAAGGAUCAACCUGAUCAGAUUGAGGAAUCAGCUGGGAAGAAACACGAAAAUACGACUGAAGUCAUUGAAAGCGACAUUCCUGCGGAUGAUACGAUGAGUACAACUACCAGCGCACCAAGUACCACCCAAAGUACAAGUACUACCACGACAACGACUUCAGCUCCGACUUCAGCAACGACAACCACAACGACAACCACAACAACGUCGACGACCACCACGACCACAUCGAGACCAACUCCUCCGAAGCUUUUCAAGCCUUUUACCUUGAGGAAGAGCUACACCUACUUUCCACCUACAACGACACCAAAUCCCGUGGUCAUUAAACCUAGGUCAGGCCUAUUUAACCCCAAACCAGCGAAGCCACCAAAAUCAUACAACGAUCUAGCUCCCAAACCAGUGAUAAGAAGGCUUCCUCUUCUAGCGAGGAAGGUUCCAACCUCGGAGGUGUUAAACUCAAAGUCGACAGAUAAACCUACAACGUCGAUGCCCACAACAACAGCUUCAACAACAUCAGAGAUCAUCCCUGCGACGUAUGCUUCGGUGGAUUCCGCCAGGAGCGAGGAAAAUGUUCUAGAAGCGAGGUCCGAAUUGUACGAGAUCGAACACCUGAAAAGGAAGAACUCAUCAGUGAACGAAAAGCCUGAAGAGUCUGAAAAGGGAAUCCUUGAUAAGAGUCACGGGGAUGUUGAAGUACCAUCGAAUGAGCGCGAUGCAGACUCGGCUGGGACUGCACCAAAGACAACGCAGUCGACGAUGACGACUGAGUUGAUGAUGCAGUCGACAACUGAGUUCACAACUGAAUCGAUGAUGCACUCUACAAUUGAGUUGUCUAGUGAUUCGACGGUUCAGACAACAAUGGAGUCUACAAUGGAGUCAACGACGGAGGUGAUGACGGACCCGACGAUAACGUCGACGAUUACGUUAGAGCCUACGACAACGACGGAGAUGAUGGAGACUCCAUCUUUAAAUUUAGACGCUGAUCAAGCAAGAGUUCCCGAUGUGUCCGAUCUUCAUGGUCCUGAUCUUCUGCAGACAUCAAGGGUCGCUUCUUCCUCUUCCGAAAAGUCCAUCCCCCUCAUGGAACCAAUUCUUCCCUGGACCUCUUCACCAUCCGAGACGGAACGACCUCUGCAGCCCACUUCCGUUCGCUCGGUCUACCGGAAAGUGAGCGGAACCAGACGUUACAUGAGCUUCAAUUGCCUAGACAAAGAGAUGUACCGUUUUUACGGGGAUACCAGAGACUGUAGGUUGUUCCAUUACUGCUCUCCAGGUUUUACAGCACGUCAGGUCCUCGACUUCCGGUUUGUCUGCGAAGAGGGGACCGUCUUCGACGAGGCCACCCAAAGUUGUCGACACGACCUUCCGAACCGGAAGUGCAAAAACAGGAGGUGGUGAAGGCCUCUUCGGGGUCGUGGGAAAAAUCUGCAGCUCGGUUUAAUGGUGUAAUUACUGCGACUUGCUGUUAAAAAUAAUUCCACGUUAAAUUUCCAUUUAUCUCGAAACUUCCUCUUAAGAUUUGCUAAGUAAUCCCGAAGAAUGAGAGUGUAUACAAUUGUCGAUAUUUCUGAUAGUUUUAUGGUUUAAGUUACCGGGCUAGAAUUGUUGAAUUCAAGGCUCAAUUGAGAAAUCCCGGGAGUGGUGGUAAUUACACCGAUUGAAUUUUUCGAGGACUUCCGGAGUCUGGAUGAAGGCGGAAACAGGAGCCUUAACAUGUCCCUCGUGGCUUGUGUCGUUGAUUCUGAUAAUUCGUGAAUCCUGGGAUUCCCUUACUCGUUAGUAUAUUUAUAUUAUCGCGUCAUGGCGGCUAUAUAAUAUUUAAGUAUUGCCAUAACGCUUGCGCGCGUGUAGGCCGCGGCGGUUGGAUUCACACUUAUUAAAAUUAACGAGGCCAUCUUGAAUGGUAUGUAUAAACAUAAAAAGCCGUAACGAGGGACAGGCCGCCUAUCGUUCCGAUUUUCGGCCUCUGCUCUCUAAUUUCCCACAUUGCUCUCUCACUGUUACUCUAUCUCUCUUCUCGGAAGACGAAAAGAGAGGCUCGCUAGUCGAUACUUUGGAAAAUCGACGUUUGAUUCGAUUUUAAAGAGGUGUCGACGCGGCGAACACCAUUUGGAUUAGGUGCCCGAUAAGAGCAUAAUUACCGCUCAGAAAAGUCGAUCUAUCGGGAAAAAAUCGAUUUCUCGAGCUUUUAGCCGAUUUCGAACGGCAAGCUUCACCGCGAAAUCGGGCGAAACUUCGGAAUAACGUAUAAAAAAAAAAAGAAAUAGUUUAUUUCAAAUCCGGCUGAAUUGUCGCCGAUAAUCACGCGUAUUACUAGUUAAUUCUUUAUAGAGUUAUUCGAACGUUUCGCUUAAUUAAAUUGAACAGUGUCCAUUGCUCAACUGCGUCUUUGAUGUUUGCGUAUUCUGCGAUCUCGCAUUGAAAAUAGAAUUUGCCUAAGGUUUAUUGAAAGUGCAGGUUUUGGAUUUAAUGAUAUUUGCGAGAUUUGCCGCAGGACGUUCGGCGUGCAGACUUGCGGGAAAAAGAAAGAUGGCGGCGGGGAUGUCCAUGCCGCGAGAAAUCGAAGGAUAUUAAGUUUGGAUGGACGUUCUUCUUCUUCCUGUCGGUUUUAUCACGCUGGGGGAAUACUCGUGUCAUCGCGCGCGUUUAUUAAAGGUAGAUUUUUGUUUGUGUAAGCGAUGUAUGUAAGUGCGUACGUGGUCGUACGUUCGCGUGGCCGACGCCAUUUUGCGGAGGCUCGCGCGUAGCAAAGAGAUUGUCUUCCUAUUUAAGUAUAUUCGCAUGUUAUAGAUGUAAGGCAGAGAGACUUCCUAAUGAUCGAUUUAGAAAACGUAGACACUUGGUUCGUCAAGCCUACUUUACCGUUUACCGGAUCAUCUAGCGAGAUAUUGUAAAUAGAGCACGUGCCUCGACAAUAGCGAAUGUAUGUACUUACGCGCGAUGACGAUUAGUCAAGUACAUAUUAUCUCGCAGAAGUGCAACCGCAUUUUUCUUUUUGUCUUCUGGUCGAGUCUAGACCCCGGAAUUAAUCUCCAAAUUCCAUAGUCUGUUCGAAUUCUGGAGAGGUUAUUGGUGAAGAUAUUUGAAUCGCUCAGGUGGGGAAUGGAAUCGAAUCGAAUAUUCCCGCCAUUUUGGCGGUGACGCUUUUCCGUUCGAUUCUUAAUAUCGAAAUAUUGCGGAAGCUGAACUUCUCUCUAUUGUCAAACAAUGUUUAUUAGUUGAUCAGAUUGUCCUCAAAUAAAUUUUACGA